AUGUUGGGUAACGGGGUGAAGCGGAAACUGGACGAGGAUGAGGACGUUUUGGAGGCGGAGCGGCGUCCUCCGGCGGUCGGCGGCGUGUCGCAGGCGUCCUUCACGCUGCAGCGUCAGACCGUCCUCAACAUGUCCCUCAUGAAGCUGUACGCGCCGCGGAUCGGCGCCGACCUCGGCCUGCAGCGCCGAGUCCUCAUCAACAACAUCAUCCGCCGCAUCCACGACGACUUCAGGCAGGAAGGAGGCGUCGACGCGCUCUUCCUGACCGCUGCGCCGCCUGUCGCCGCCGCCCGCGAGGACGAGAGCUACCGACAGCCUCCGCCUCCUCCCUCCUCCUUCAGCAUCCUGUCGUCGUCGUCGCUGUCGGGACUGACGGCGCUGGACUCCUGCCUGACUCCCGCCUCGCUGCUGGAGGAGGACCUGCCCAUGUUCUUCACGCUGCCGCCGUCCUCCUCCACCCACCACCUGCACCACUCCCCGAGGCCGCCGCCGCCCUCGCCGUCACCCAAAGACAGCUUCUCCUCCGCCCUGGAGGAGAUCGAGGAGCUCUGUCCCUCCUCUUCGUCCUCCGGCCCGCCGUCGCCCCCUCCAGCUCGGCUUCUGUUCGACGUCGUCAUGAAGGAGGAGGCGCGCGGCGCUCAGGAGGCGCAGAGCAGGGCGGAGAAACCCCCUCCUCAGACUCCGUCCUCCGCGGGCUCCUUCCUGACGGACUUCGCCCUGGACGACGUCCUCUUCACAGACAUUGACACGUCCAUGUACGACCUCGGGCCCUGCCCGCCUCCGUCUGGAGCGCCGCCGUCCAAGCUGACGCCCGUGGUGACGGCGGACGACCUGGUGCGGUACGGAGCGGCGGGCGGCGUCGCUCAGAGCCCGCCGUUUAAAAUGGACCUCGCCGAGCUGGACCACAUCAUGGAGGUGCUGGUGGGCAGCUGAGAGCGCGCGGACGCUUUUAUCACGUUUGUCGAUUUUGUACAGUUUUAUCGUGGCAGAGACGCCACGCGGCGUUUUAUUGUGGAGGAUUUCAGCUGCUGCGUGCUUUUAUUUUGAUGAAUUGUUGUUGUUUCUCUUGGAUGAGCUGCAUCUCACCGCUGAUGGGAACCGAGGUUUUAGGCUUUAUCAGUUUUAACUUUGAUUCAUCUUUGCUAAUAAUAUGUUGGAUUCAUGUGUAUUUUCAUGAGUCGGGCUGCGCGGCCCUAAAAUAAUACUGCAGUAUUUCAGGGUAUUUUUGCAAUAACGACAUAUGAAACAAAAUAUGGGGAAAUAUUUUAUUAUUGAUAACA